AUGUCUGACCAUGAGUUUGGAGGAACCGAUGACCUUUCAUUGCCAAAGGCUACCGUCCAGAAGAUAGUGACUGAAAUUCUGCCUCCCGCGACAGGUGUUUCUUUCUCCAAGGAGGCUCGUGACCUGCUCAUAGAAUGCUGUGUCGAGUUCAUCACCUUGAUAUCCUCAGAAGCGAAUGAGAUAUCCGAAAAGGAGGCAAAGAAGACCAUCGCUUGCGAUCACAUCACCAAGGCUCUUGAGACACUUGGUUUCUCCGAGUACGUCCCGGCGGUCUUGGAGGCUGCGGCAGAGCAUAAAGAGGUCCAGAAGGGACGAGAGAAGAAGGCCAACAAGUUUGAGCAGAGUGGAAUGAGCCUCGAGGAGUUGGAGCGGCUGCAGGCCGAGCAAUUCGCUCAGGCCGCCGCCAGACAUUCCUAG